ACACAUAUUGACAUGUAUACUUUGUGUUCCAUUCAUGUAACCAUAACCUUCUUUUUUCGUAUUUCUUCAUCUAAAACUCAAUUUUCAUAAACAAAAUGAUUGUAUAAAAUAUUAAAAUGUCAACAAAAGUGAAAAUUCGUGAUACAAGAUUAACUUCUUCGGAAAAUAAUCCCUGUUUAAAGGAACACUAUUUAUCUCUAAAAUGUUUAGAUGAUAAUCAAUAUGAUCAUGAUGCAUGUCUGUGGUAUUUUGAAAACUACAAAAAUUGCAAGGGAUUUUGGAAUGAUGUGAUGCAUGAUCGUCGAAGUAAAGGAAUAACGCCAAUAUUGCCACCAGUCGAAGAACGAGAAAAAAUGAAAGAAGAAUAUAUGAAAAAUUUUAAUGCUCCAAAAAAAUAGUCGAAUUUAUAAAUAAGGUAAUAAACAAAGAUUAUAAUGUUAUCAAUUUAUCUUUUAUUAGUCAGUGUAUAAUUUCACUUUUCAUGAUAAUUUUUUUACAAUUAUGAAACAUGUAUAUACUACUUAGAUGUAAUAAAAGAUCUUAGACAUAG